AUGUGCUCGCUGGUGUGCCGCGUUUGUGGCGAUCGGAGUUCCGGCAAGCAUUAUGGGGCGGUUUGUUGUGACGGGUGUUCGUGCUUUUUUAAGCGAAGCAUCCGCAAACGUGCCGUUUACACGUGCAUCUCCGGUCAAGGUGGCUGCUCGGUGGAUAAAGCCAGACGCAAUUGGUGCCCUUUCUGUCGGCUGCAGAAGUGCUUUCUGGUUGGGAUGAAUGCAACCGCGGUGCAACAGGAGCGUGGACCUCGGAAGGGUCACGGACUCUCGGUGCAGAUCCUAUCCCAGGUGCUGAUGGCGUGCAUCCGGCAGGUGCGCCAUAACGAGCACUUCGCCCUUUUCAGCCGAACGCAGCAGAACGAGAUCCUGCGGCACGUCUGGCACGAGUGCUUCCUGCUGCGGGUGGCCAACUGGUCCAUCGACAUAUCGGCGCUGCUCGAUCGCUGCUGCGAUGGCCAUCUGCGCUCGGUGGUUGACGACAUCCGAGCACUUCGGGUGGACCUUAUCGAGCUGUCCCUGCUCGAGACGUUGAUUCUCUGCCGGAAAGAAUUCGCUCUAAGUGAUCGGGAAGCCACUCAGCUGGAACAUCUCGCCGAAAGGACUCUCGUUGCUUUGAGCCACUACAGCUUCCAGCAGCAGCAGCAGCAGCAGGGUCCUGGAACGACUCCUGGUGGGGUGCACUUCACCUGUGCCCUUGAAGCGGAUGCAUUUCCCGGCACUCUCGGGCGAACGUCGGUGGUCUCCCGGUUGGGAAAACUGUUGCUUGGCUUGCGGACGGUGGCGCAGCGCUUUAACGAAUUUUCCGUCCGCACCAUGCUGCGGGAGGUAAUUAGCGACGACGGGCUGGCCAUGGAGCGUGUCCUGGCGCGGCUCUAA